AUGACAUCCAAGUUAGAGGUCGUCUCAAGUAAUAAGACUCAUUCUGGUCGAAUCACAAAGUUCAAAUUUCAAUCAUCUUCACUUGGUGACUUAGUGACCUCUAUCAAUGUUUUCGUUCCGUUAUCAACUGAACCGUCGAAGAAGUUCCCGGUACUGUUCUAUUUAGCCGGUCUAACUUGCAAUGAGGACACAGGGCCUCAAAAGGGUGGUUUCUUAGCAGAAGCUGCUAAACAUGGAAUUGCUCUGGUCUUUCCUGAUACAUCCCCACGUGGAGCUGAUGUUGAGGGUGAAGGAGAUGAUUGGGAUUUUGGCACAGGAGCGGGGUUUUACCUGAACGCGACUCAUCCAAAGUGGGCCAAGCAUUAUCAAAUGGAGAAACUGAUUACAGAGGAAAUUCCGAACGUCCUUGGUGCGAGUGACUUGCCUCUCGAAUUGACACGAAAGAGUAUCUUUGGUCACUCAAUGGGAGGACACGGUGCCUUGACUCUUUACUUGAACCAUCCUACCCUCUACAAGUCGUGUUCCGCAUUUGCCCCUAUUGCCAACCCUACAAAUUGUGCAUGGGGUAAAAAGGCUUUCAAUGGUCCUAAUGGGAACGAUGGAUAUCUCGCCAAAGGACUUGAAGAGGGCCGCAAGUAUGAUGCUACCGAGUUGAUCAAACAUGCAAAACCAUCUCAAGUCAAGAUCUUAAUCGACUAUGGUAGCAGCGAUCAAUUCUAUAAAGAUGGACAAUUGCUUCCGGAGAAUUUUAUUGAUGCCUUCUCACAAAUAAAGAAUCUGAAAGAUGCUGAGAUUAACGUACGAAAGCAAGAUGACUACGAUCACUCAUAUUACUUCGUCAGCACAUUUGCGACUGAUCAUCUUGAAUUCCAUGCAAAAUACUUGAAGAGCAUGUAGUUUUUUUCAAAUUGAUAUGUAUACCCUAUUAUCAUCCGAUCCUUUCAAGCUGCAUCCUUAAUGUACACUUGAAUGAUCCGCUAUUCUUAACUCUUGAAAACAAUCAAGUUAUCCUCAACUGUG